AUGUCAAGACCAGAAGAAAUCUCCCCACCAGAAAUCUUCUACGGUGAUGUAGAAGCUACGAAAUACACUUCCAACACACGAGUGAAAUCGAUCCAAGCUCAAAUGACCAGACGAGCAUUGGAGCUGUUGGCAUUACCAGAGGGCGAAACUGCUUUCGUGUUAGAUAUAGGAUGUGGGAGUGGGUUAAGUGGAGAAUUGUUGGAUGAAGCUGGACAUGUUUGGGUAGGGUGUGAUAUAGCACCUUCAAUGUUGGAGGUCGCACUGGAAAGAGAAGUAGAGGGAGAUUUGUUCCUACAGGAUGUAGGACAAGGGUUCGGUUUCAGACCUGGUACUUUUGAUGGUGCUAUCAGUAUAUCAGUCAUUCAGUGGCUUCUCAAUGCCGACUCAACCUCCCAUUCACCCGCUCAGCGAUUAACGCGAUUCUUCACCACUCUUCAUUCCGCUCUUAAAAACCCCUCACGAGCCAUAUUCCAAUUCUACCCAUCAUCAGACGAUCAAGUACAAAUGAUCGUCAAUGCAGCUCAGAGGGCAGGUUUCGGAGGUGGUCUAGUGGUUGAUUAUCCCAAUUCGAAGAAGGCCCGAAAAAUGUACCUAUGUUUGAUGGUUGGACAACAGGAGAUACCCAAAGCGCUUAAUGGAGAUGAGAUGGAGGUUGAUGAAGGAGCUUCACUAGGGAUAAAAAAGAGAAGGGAAGAAAUAUUGAAUGAGAAACGUAGAAGGAAGGAUAGUGCUGGUGGAAAGAAAGAAAAGAAGAGUAAGAAGGAUAUGGAUGCGAAGGAAUGGAUAAUGAAGAAGAAGGAAUUAUAUAGAUCGAGAGGUAAAGAAGGGGUACCGAACGAUUCGAAGUAUACAGCGAGAAAGAGAAAAGUAUACUUUUAG